GUCCUCAUAUGCUGCCGACCCGAUUGCCGACACGCCAUUACACCACACGGAGCCCAGGUUACUGCACACCUCUGGAACAAGCACCGCGUCCCUCUAGCGGAUCGUCUAGGACUUAUAGAGCAUAUACACGACAACUACUCUUUAGGGCUUACGUAAUCCUAUAGAGGCAGAUCUGCCGCCCUGUGGUUCCAGACCUCAUCCCGACCUCCAGACCUACGACGGCUUCAGCUGCCGUAAAUGCGCAUUCUUCACAACGAGCUUCCACGAGCUUACGAGGCACCUUUCGCAAAGCCACCUCGAUGGGCAAACCGCGACCCGACCGCGCAUUGGCCUACUCUACGACGACGUUUACCUACAAUCCUGGGCGGGCGGGCCGAAUCGACGAUAUUGGACCGUCACCGAUAGAUGGGAGUACAGUUCGCCCAGUUUCUGGCCGCAUAGCUAAACCGAACCCUCUCGAGACCUCCGAACGGCCUGUUUUCUCGAACUACGAUACAGCAAGAAAAGAUCCAAACGAUAAGUGUACUGCUAUCACCCAAAGCAAGCCAUGGCUAGAUCGGACGAGAUGGCAGCAGAUCUUCGAGGGCGCGAACUAUGCAGUACUAGUAGCCCUUAUAGCUUUGCCCUCGAACCCACCUACUUCACUUCGACACCUCGGAAAAGGGCUUCAUCCUACAG